AUGACAUCUAAGAAAGGGAAGAAGCGCCGAAACAUAGCCAGUCAAAAAUCUGUGCAACAAACAAAAAGAUCUGCAAAACUUUCGAAUCCUGCCAAAAAUGUAACACCACCCCAAAGCUCCACGCAUGCCAUACAAGUUGUAAAGCGGAAGAAAAACUCUAAAAAUAAUUGGAAAGUUGACCUGCUUGUCGAUGCUGACAUUCCGGACAGUUUCCUGAAUACUCUACAGAGAUAUCAAACGGUACAUGAAGAUAAUGAUUCGAUAAGAUUCACAGUUCAAGAUAGCAUUUACCUGUUAAUGCGAUGUGGCUAUGGAUAUAAAACGAUCUUGAGAGUGGCAGGAGUUAAAGAAAAAUUUCUUCAGACAUCUUUUCUUCAAAUGGGAUUGAGUAAAGACGAGAGUGAUCCGACUCCAGGGUUCAAACCCCCAUAUUUCGAAACAAUAACGUCAAAUAAUUCAUCUUCGAAACAUGAUGAGAAGAUGCAAAAUACUUCGUUGCCGAAGAAUCCAUCUUCGACGCGCGAUAGGACGAUACAAAAUACUCCGUUGCCUAAGAAUGUUGAUGCUGAGAGUGUGCAACCAAUGGAGGAGCCAAGAGCUGACAAAACAGAAUGUGCGCAAGAAAGCAAGAUCAGUACGUUUAUGAAGACUGUAUCUGCUGUAAAGGAUCAACAGAAGGAGAAACUCAGUAAGUCCGUCUCUCCUGUUCCGUUGCCCAUCCAGAGUAAUGCGAUUCCAAAGGUUAGUAAUUGGCUGUCGAAAUCCAAGGUCGAGCUAAGUGACAGCGAUCGAGAAACCGCAGACCCUGACACCAUUGAAAAUUUGCAUGCCCCGGUGCUUAGUCAAGUACCAAACAACAGGCCAGCUUCACCGUCUCCGUACUUGGCGGAAACGCAUCGAAGUUUUGUUAAUAUCAGUGCUUUCGAAAGCGAAAUACACAACUUUUUGCACACUAUUAAUGAACAACUGGCAGAAAUGAGAGACCUACGAGAUUCCAAUAUUUACGAAGAAGCAUCUGCUUUUGCGUUGAAAGUACAAAUGUUGAAAAAUGUGCAUAGGUUAUUUAACAAUGUUGUAUUUGCACUAAAAUCACCGGAAAAAAGACCAAGGAUAGAGAAUGUGAAACCGCAAGAUCCUGCAACAGGCGAAGAGAAAAAGGAUGACACUUUGAUUUCAGAUAGCUUUAUCAAAGUAAGAAAAGUAUGUUAA